AAAGAAGAAAUAUACAAAAUUAUUUCUUCUCAUUUUCCGAAUGAGACGAUAAAAAAUAUUCAAUUACCAUCAAAAUUGGGUUGUGACAAUAUUAUUUAUUUAAUUCAAUUCUGUUCGGAUACUAUCGUUAUUUUUCGUAGACCGUUAAAAAUUGAUCCAUCAAAAGCUUCAUCUGACUUUAAAUUAAAUUCUAAUGACAAUUCAAUGCCCUAUUAUCCUAUGCAUCGAGUUGGACAUCAAGCAUGGGUACUUGAAUCACUAAAAAAUCAACGAUUUUCACCAAAAUUAUUAGUAUUGAAUGCAGAAAAAAAUUAUUUAAUCGAAAGUUAUAUAUCAGGUCAGACUUUGAACGAAUGUUCACCUGAAAUAUGCAAAGAACUGGGUGAGUUUCUACACUCGUUACAUUCAAUCAAAAUGAAACAAUUUGGCUAUAUGAGUGAAGAGCCAGGCGUUGGUGUCUUUUUAUCAUGGUUGACAAUGUUUGAAACAGAAUUUAACAAUCUAAACGAAAAUCAGUAUCAGUUGAAAGAAAUAUAUUUAUCUAUAAUACCUUAUCUAACCGUAUUUAGCAAUCCAGUUCUUGUUCAUGGUGAUAUUUCUUCAGAAAAUAUUCGUGUUCUAAACGGACAUUUAAAUGGUGUGAUUGAUUAUGCUGAUUGUCUGUGUGGUGAUGGUUUAUACGAUAUCGGACGAUUUUUGCUGUUUGUUAAAGCGGAAUGGAAAUAUGUUAAUGCAAUUGCACAGGGUUAUAAGUUGUUGGAUAAUGAGAAAUCGUGGACAAAAAAUGAAAAACAACGUAUUAGAUUUUAUGCAUGUUACUUUGCUCUGUGGAUGGAAUCGGAUAAUGAAAUUAUAGAAAAAUUGUUAAUGCCAAUUCCCGAUUGA